UGUUUGUCGUCUGCAAUAAUAAUUCUGAUUGUGUUUGCUCGUAGUUAGUAUUGUUUCGUUUAGUUUCUUCAGUUAUUUAUUGAACCCUGUUAAUAUAGAUUUAAACGAAGUGGCUUCCCGACGUUGGAGGUUGGCAUUUUGUCAACUACGCCAGCUGAUCUUGGAUAUGUCCAUAAAGGUUCAUGGACCCAAUACACAGUGCAGGUGGUCGGUGCGCGGCAUGGUGGUGGUAGUAUGACGUCAGGCGCGCGCCAUUGUCAGAUGACCAGUCGAUCAGCUGUUUCAGUGCGCGCCUCGACCGCGUCCAUCUCGCUCCCAUGGCAACCGCCGGGCGCUCUCACCAGACGUUCGGCGCACAUUGCAAGGGAGGUGUACAGGGUUUGGAAUGCCCGGGUUGGUUCAGUAUCAAGACACUUGCCAGCUGAUCAGGUGCUGCCCCUACUGCAGGACAUGCAGUUAUACCCCACGCAGGCGCAAGUUUCUGAGAUGCUGCAGUGUGCACAAGACUGUUCCGACGGAUCAACACCUUCCUACCUCACUUUUGGAGAGUUCUGUCUGUUUGCUACUGAAUUGAAGAGAUGUUGCCACAGAGGGGUUCCAAAGUCAAGUCACUUAACCCAAAAACUAGAAAGAGAUGGGAAAGAUAAGAAGAGACGCUCAAGAAAGAUGUCAAAAAGCAGUGUCACCAAGCAUGAAGUGUUCCUAGGAGGUUCGUGUAACCCUACGACAUGGAGACAUGAUGUGGCCAUCCCUCUGUUAAACAGUAUGGGCAUUACCUAUUACAACCCUCAAGUGGAGGAGUGGAGCGUGGAGCUAGUGGAGUUGGAACACACGGCCAAGCAGAACGCAAGUGUGUUGUUCUACGUGAUAGAGCCGCAAACCCGCAAUGUGUCCAGCAUGAUAGAGGCUGCGGCCUUUGCUGGUGCGCGACGGAGACUGAUGCUGGUCAUCAAGCCUUACCAGCCAGGGCAGACGAUCGCUGGCGAAGUGAUCACGCAUCAGGAAUGGAAGGUGCUCAGCGGUUCACUAUUGAUGCUGAGAAGUCUAGUAGAAAGACAACAUAUCCCUGUGUUGGACAAUAUCCCAUUGGCCGUCAAGUGCACUGCAAAGAUAUUGCGGGACAACAUCAACAUGCAGGAGCUUGUAGCUGAGCUACAAAGGCCUCUCACCAACGGACAUGUCCACAUGGCGGAGAAACUGUUAAAGCUGAAAGAAGCUUUCAACAACAGAGAUACUGCCGGAAGAGGAUACAUUAGUUUGGCUGAUGUAUGUAUGGCCUACAAACUGAUGACCAAUAGAAAACUCUCCGUUUCAGAACUCAAGGGGCUCGUCUCUAGACCUUCAGAUUGCAAAGAUCAGCCGAUCCAGGUGAACUUUGAGGAUUUCUGUGCGAUCAUCGCUGAACUGAAGGCAGGGGACAGCCACAAUAACAACAACAACAAUAACGGAUCAGCUGAAAGUGAGAACAACAACUUUUGCUCGUUCUUUACUAAUCCGCUCAUGAGGUGUAUAGAGUGGUCGCUAUGUAGCAGACCUCUGCGUAGUCUGUCUGUAGACAACACUAGUCUGCGUGAUGUCCUGCUGGCCGGAGACUUGACAGACUACUCAUGGGCACAACACACAGCUGUUUCUGCACUCGUACGACACAACCUUACAUAUCAACUGAUGGAGGACUCAGCUGAAGGACCUCAUAACUUGUCGGUCGUAGACAACUGCUUCGUCCUGCUGUUCGUUAUCACCUGUCAGUCAAGAAGUCUUCACAUCAUGACUAUGGCUGGAUACUACAUUGGUCUUGGCUGCAACGUUGUUCUUUGUAUUCAGCAGUUGGAAGACGAAACAGUCAUACUCGGUGAACAGUUAUCCAAGCAAGCAGUCAACGACUACAACCGAGGCAGGAUCUACCUGAAGGACUUGGCUCGUAGAGACAAUAUACCCAUCUUCCAGACGGUGGAAGAAGCGGUUUCGUGCGCUAUUGAAAAGUGUGAAAGUCGGUAGCUAAAGUCUUGUAGGCACUUCCCUAUUAGUGUGUAAUUUUCACUUACCGCUAACCUAAAAACCUAGUUGAAUCAUAGCACUAAUUUUUAUUUACCUAUCAACAUUUGGAAUUUUUGUUCAUUUCCUAAACCUCAAGUAAGAAAGGGUUUUAAUUUAGCCCGAGAUGAAAAAAAAUUUAAAUCGGUGAAAUGCCUACAAAACUCCGCAGUUUCAGUGGAUCGAGUGUUACUGGUGUUGAUCGCUUCAUAAUGAAGCUACAUUGGAUUUUUAAUGAAAAUUCACGCCAUGCCCAUUCAAAGGUUUUAGUUGUAUAACUUUACAAAUCUGUUAGCUAUCCAGGUUUCCAGAAUUUUUUACAAUUCGGUUUCUGUUUUUUUAUUUCGUUUGAAAGUGUGUUUACGUUUAUUGUUUACCGUUGGAUUUCGCCGUAGAUCUCACAGUGUUUUAAUCACAUCACAGCAAACUUUUAGUCUUGUGCAUAUUUUAAUUCAUCACUAAUAUACUUAUGUUAUGAGUUCGAGAAUUUUAACAUUUUUUUAUCGAUUCGUCGAGUCAAAGUGAACCCAGCAUUUGAUGAAUUUAGUCGUAGUUGGACAAAGUUUAUAUGUGCUUAGUCGUCUUGGUUGGUUGUAUAUUUAUCACUUUUUAAUGUUUAAGGUAUUAAAUAAAGUUUUUAUUAUGUGUUGAAGUAACAAUAAAAUAUGUAAUUUUUGUUGGAUGUUUUCGACUUCAUUAGAAGUUCAACUUGAGUAAUUAUUGUAUUUUUUCAAGUAAAAAGGUUUUACCCUUGAUCAGACUAUUAAACGUGCAUAAAAAUACUUGAUAUUUAUGGAUCUAACAUAUUAUCUUUAUUAAAAUAUAAUUUUGUUAAUUUUUCAAAUUUUGCAUAAAUAUCUACCUCAAUCUUGGCUAAAACAGACAAAAAUUGUGUAAUAAAUUUUGGAAAUUUUUAACCACAGUAUUCACAAGAAUGGCAACUUUGUGGUAUUCCAAGCACUACAAAUAAUAAUUUGAGAAAAAUAUCAGCUAAAUAUUAAAUAUUACCUAAUUUAUCUCAUAAUGUUCAACAUGUGCGUUUCAUUGUUGCUUCAAACAUGUUUUGAUGAUGCUUUAAUUAAACUAAUUACUCAUGUAUUUAUGUUAAUGUUUUAUUUAAUAUUUUAUACCAUAGGCUAAGUCGCAGACUCACCAGGUAGGAGGGGAAUAGUUUGUGAUCCGUACCUGAAUUAUUUUACGAGAAAGGUUUAUUCGAGUGCCGUGUGCAGCAUCGAUUCAGUUCAAUAGGUUAGUUUAUGUUUCUGCUCAAAUUUUCUAUAGUGUAUUUUUUACAAUUCAAAUACUGUCAGAAGUGGGCGAGGAAUCAUUUUAGGUUACUUUUUGUUCAUCAAAUCACCAAUGUUUUAUAGGAAACAAUUGUUUACUAUUUUUAACGUUGCUGAUUUGAAUUUGACAGAGGGGCAGGAUUUUAUUUUUGUUUAUUAGCGACACAUUUCAUUUUACUAAUUAAAGCGUUGGGAAAUUUUUUUAUUUUAUGGUUAUGCAUCACAAAAGAAUAUAUAUACAGGAGUUAAACAAACUUCUGAAUUUUUCUAUGUUAAAAAAACAUGAAGAUGGCAACUGUAUUUUAAUUAUAAUCCCGCAGCUUAAAAUGAUGUAUUUCAAUUGAUCAAUAUGAUUCUAAACAUAUUUACAGCUAGCAUAAUUUACUUAGCUAAAAUUUUAAUUUGAUACAUUUUUGGCGUAGGUACUAAAUUAAGUAAAAUGAAAAACUACCCUGUCCUUUGUCAAUUUCAACUCAUUAUAUUUAUACUAUGUCAAAUGUUUAGUCUUUUAUGAUUUGAAAAUUAAAGUUUUCCAUUAUUGUCUGACAAUGUUAGAGGAUCACAAACAUCAGCUGACUGGUAUUAAUUGUUUUAAAGAUGAAUAUUCCUUAGCAACAGCUGUUUAAAAUUAAAUGCUAUAGCUGUAGAGUGUAAGUAAUAUUGAGACUGUAUUUCUCAGCAUUGUCAGACUAUAAUUUAAAAUAAUUUAAUUCAAAAAACCUCGCUCAAUCCUGUUGAUUUAACAGUCUACGUAAUAAUUUAAGUGGUUUAUUGUUAGCCUCAUAAAUUUAAAAAUGGUUGGAAAAAUUAUGGCUAUUUAUUUUAUACAAAAAAUGUUGGUAAGACCAGUUUUAUAAUUUUCAUUAUUGUUCAUCAACUUUUAUAAAUAAACCAUCAAUUUUUCAUAAGUGAGUUUUUUGGCAAAGCACUCGUCUUAGGAAUAUGUAAAUGAAGAAGGAAUGGAUACCCAAUUAACUCACCUAACAAAAGAGUUUCAAGUAGUUGAAAGCGCACAAAAAGCUCACAACACAAUUAGUAAAAAGAAGAAGAAGUUGGUUCAGUAGAGACAUUAUGUGUGGUUUAAACAACCUGGGACUUUUUUCUUGGGUGAGUAAUUUUUUAUCCAUUCCUGGUAUUAUUAAUAAUUGAAUGUUUGAAACAUACACAGAUUUUGGUGUGGAAGAUUUUUUUUAGUUUCUAGUUUUUAUGUUAUCGUAUGGCUGACUUCCUGAGGGAGUUUAUUUAUCAAAUACAUCACAAAUAUCCUUCAUCCCACUCAUUUAGGAUUUUAGCAACUUUUAAACCAUU